UACUAUUCCUAUGACCCAAUCUGGAUGUUGGUCAGAGGAAUGGAUUUAUAAUCCACUGUGACAAUGGGAGCGGCGCCACAGUAAGAACAACGAUUUCCGGACUUGCCGGAUCGAGCAGGCCCGCACACCGCCGCACUUCUGCGGACUUGCUUUUAUUGACUGAAACAUUCACUUACAUCCCACCAACAACAAGGUGUUAAAGGUGUGAAAUAUGAAAAACAUCAGGUUUCUCGGAGACGGCAGCGAUGGCUGUGGGUCGAAACGCAAACAAGUGCGGCGAGCUUGCAAUUCUUGCCGAAGAGGAAAACGCAGAUGUCUCCAUGAUCCCGGUAGUGAUGCUCUGGCACAGCGGGAAAGGGGCGCGAUCCAAAAACCGACGAUUGCGGUGAAUUUACCAGAUAGUCGUGACAAUAUUCAUCCAGUACAUCACCAACCUCAAGAAUCUCUAGGCGCUAGACGGGCACUUGAGCAAAGCCAGCACUCUUCAUCCUCCAUAUUAACCCCGAGGCCCACAGUUCCCUUCGUUGGUCCUUCGUCAGCGCACUCUCUUCUGCUCUCUGCUUGCAAAUUUUCCAAUAUGGUGGCCCCCGGUAUAGACUUAGAUGCUACAUACAAGCUCCCCUAUUCACGCAUCCUACGCCCUUCCUUCCAGGAUAUGAAAGCACCCCCUUCUGAGAGGCGGCCAGGUGUAGGCCCCGGAUAUCUCCCAAUGGUGGUGAGAGCAGUCUUGCCCUAUCUGGAAAUCGAAUGUCUCCAGAUGCUCCCUCCUCAACGAGAUCUCGAGGCCCUUAUACAAAUUUUCAAAGAGGAAAUCCACCCGAUCAUGCCUAUAAUAGACUUCGGCACGCGAGCACUUACAGAGCCCGCGAACGACGAUAACCCGGCAUCCAUCGUCAUGAGGCAGGCCAUCUGCUUAGCUGCUUGUAAGAACGUCUCGGCCAGACAGCAUCUCAACCUUCCAGGACAUGAAAACGGAGAUACCCUUGCCCAUACGCCCCGUUCGUUUGCUGACAUGCUCUUCGGUGCCCUAAAAAUUGGCCAGGAUAUUGGUCUAGUUGGUGAUAGGGUGGAGCUCGUCCAGGUUCUUGCGCUGAUGACCUUUCACUCCUAUGGUCCGGAUGGCGAUGACGAAACUGCCCGAUUAUUCAGCCAGGCGGUAUAUUUCGCCUUUUCUGCUGGCUUACACUACCCCUCACCACCAGGAAGUCCCAUUCCGGAAGCACGGCGUGUGGAGUUGCUUUGCUCACUCUUUGCUCUUGACAAGAUCAUUGCCAUGACCAGUGGCCGACCCACCAUAAUUCACUCUAGCGAAAUAUGUUUACCGGAGCAGAACGAUGUUGUAAUGGAUACCCUAUACCCCGGUCUUAAAUCGCUAUUCUCUUUAAGCAAUAUGCUUGACUGUGUCUUAGAUCUUUAUCGAGCACAGCCAGCCGAGGAAAUGGCAAGAGAAAGAUGCGUAUGGAAAGCAUCUUGGCCGGAAUUCGAGGACUUGGCAAGGGACUGUAAGGUCCAGACUAUGGAACCUCCUCUGCAAGCCUGCCUGGAACUCCUCUAUCACGUCAUUGGCGUCAUAUCCUACCGUCCGCCUCAACUUCCACUUUUCCAACAGCAUGCCCAAAGUGCCCCAGAGAGUACACCACUAUCUGUCGUCCAAAGCGCAAAAGUUAGGCAGAAAUACUGUGCUCAAAAGAUCUCUUUUCUCCUUACCAUAGAGAUAUCUAAGUUUCCCUUUAUCCCGUAUGCAGCAUCUCUCUCGUUGACAGUAGCUCUCCGCAAUAUGAAGCAAGCUACACUUGAGAGCACAAGGACGAUGGCGAAGGGCGACGUAGAAAGAAGUCUUAGAGUUCUUGCAGGAUUGGUAGAUACAUAUUGGCAUGCGGAAUCGGCGAGCACGAUCGGUCGUCAGAUAUUUCAGAGCUUCGCAUGAUGAAACGCAUUUGCGACGCAAAAUCCAGUAGUCUUCGUAUAUAAUUUAUUUUCACUGCUAUUUAUUAGCACUGAAAUGACCUGAACCUGUAAAUAUAUAUCCUAUAAUACUAUGAAUUAGCAAAGGGUAAAAAUGUACCAAAAUCAAUCUCAGACUCGGACACUGUAAAACAUCAAAAGUGAUACAGCGUUAGCUUAUCAACGCCAUAUUUUCCCUUCUCAAAAUGAUUAUAUAAAUUGGAUCUCCGGGGAUGCUGUUGGUGGCACGAAGACU